CGGUUGGACUGGCUUGGUAUUGUGAGUUGUUUUAAAUGUGAAUCGCUAACCAGUCGUUCUAUACACUCUGUUCCGUCAGGUAUAGAGUGGAACUCCGAAAGGUGUGAGUUUGAUAGAGGAAGAAAAUCAAUUUGCAGUCUUGUCAGUGUACUCCGGUGUGGUUCGAAUCGAAAUAAUAUGCUUUGGAUAUUAGAUGUGAGAAUUUGCAUAUGACCUAUUUAGACCUGCCCGGUUGGGUGUGACUGAUCCGGCUGGAUAGGUGCUUGUAGUUUUAAGGAUAGUGCAGGGCGUAACGAGAGCGGAAAUGAUUCCCUGGAUGCGGGAAAAAAUUGCCGAACGGAAGGCUCGUUGGCAGCAGUCCAGGAAGCAACAACGGGACGCAGUGAACAGCGGGGCCGGCGAAGGAACCAGUGCAUCGACGGGCGGUGCGAACUCAUCGCCUGCUGGAUCGGGCCUCCGCACCAGUACAGCCAGAGGUUUUCGUUUCUCGAGUAAACAUGCCCAACAGCAGCAGCAGCAGCAACAGCAGGCCUCGACUUCCUCGGAUCGAUCAAAACCGUGCGGCAGCAUCCCCGGCAGUGCUGCUGGGUGUAGUAGUAGUUCCACAAUUACUGCAGCCUCUAGCGAUGAAGAGCCGCUUCUGCACCGGCGGCGGGUAAUACCGUUGCGUAUCAUCAGUCCUCGCGGUGGAAUUGUGUGGCUCGAGGCUACCCAGGACUGCAGUGGGAAGGAGCUGAGGGUGCAGGCCUUGGAACGCUUCGCCAGCUGUUCGUUCUCGCUGCCGCACUUUUCAUCCGAUCCGGAUGAACUUGUCGCCCGGUACAAGCUGAUACGGGCCCGCCAUCGGACAGUCUUCCACGAUGACGACACACUGGAGCAGCAGGGUGUGCGUGCCGAAGAGGAGAUGUUGCUAGUGGUUAAACGCACGGACUUCAUGCCCCCGGAAGAGAACCUUAAAGGACCAACCGUUUCCGAGGUGCUGGCAGCGACCAAGCACAUUCCACUGUCCAAAACCAACCAUACCACGAACAACAUUAACAUGGAUUUGCUGCAAAGUGAUUUGCAGCAAGAUCUGCGCCGUAUAUUGAUUUCGUUGGCACGAUCUUCGGCUUUUGUGAUAGGCUCGGGACCAUGCGCCGAUAAGUUGAUUGCUCUGUUUCGGCAGCGAUUGGUCAACCGUCGUAAACACCAAGUGCGCUCGAUAGAAACUCUACUAGAGAUGGGAUUUUCCCUAGACAAAAUACACCAAGCGUUGGAGAUAACCAAAAAUAUUUUUCCUGCUGCCUUGGACUGGCUGAUUCAGAACGACAGCUCGGUGAAGCUGCUUGACUGUGAUACAUUAAGCUCUACAACGAUAGUUUCUGGAACCGCCAGCAACGAAGCGACCAGCAGCGGUGGUGGAGAAUACAACGGCACAACGGUUCCUACGCGACCGAUACUUUCGGAGCGAAACAUUGAACAAUCGAAAAAUACCUCAAAUGAAGAUUUAUCGUCAGCGGAUCCCAGCCCGACGACGUUGGAAGACCAGAACAACGAAACCAUGGACGAGGCGGUUCGUUUUCAAACGAAAAUCGAAAACGUUGAAGUUUUGCUGGACAUUAUCCGACAGUAUUCCGAUCGGGACGUUUUUCCAGCACCGGAAAUGGUGACUUCAAUCGUGGAAAUGGGAUUCAACGAGAAAUGUGUGCGCGAAGCCCUGAUUGCAACCCGUAAUAACCAUGCUGCUGCGUGCGAAUGGUUGCUGGGCAAUCGAAGCAAAAGUUUAACCGAGCUACGUGACGGGUUGUCUUCGGAUUCGCCCAUACUGCAGGUGCUGCUUGCUUCGCCUCAAGUACAAAUUAGUUUAGGCAAUCCAAAGAUGUUUAUCGCACUGCUCUCAAUGCUGGACAACUCGUCUACGAUGACGAUGUGGCUUAGCGACAACGAUACCUCUGCUGUUCUCGGGCAUAUCCUACGGACGUACCACGAGGAGAAACACAUAGUGGCAAUCAACCAGUUUAGCAAUGCACAAAGCUUUAACUAAUUGCAUUAGUAGAACGUAACGAUACUUAUAUUUGGCAGAUGUUGCUCGAUCGAAAUUUUUAUAGAUACAGUGCUAAAUCAAAAAAAAAAAAAAAUAUUUACCUAUUCGAAAGCGAAGUAAACUUUUAAUGGAUACAGAUAAAAUUAUAGGAACGCAAGCAAUUUUACAGUUUGAUUUUGCUUACAUGCCAGUUAUGGCCAUACAUGAUUUUAUAUCU